GCUAUGGUUGAUUCUCUUCAAGGGAUUACUCUCGGGCUCGUAACGCUGGGCUCGACCUAUGUAACUACGCGAAUGGGCCACACCGGGGGUUAAAACCGACGGUAUACGCCUUCAAUAUAUAUUCUCUGUCCAAAAGGAAAAUCAAGACGACGUUCACUACAAGUCACACCAACACGUCUUCGAGCUACAUAGGUGGGCUACUAUUGGACAUGGCCGAUCAAACGGCUGCUGCUUUGGAGAGUAAUCAGCGUGAGCCACCCGCGGGGCCGCCGGUCUCUGGCAGCGUAGCCAACAAUGGACCGCUGCCUCUUCGGGACUCACGGAAGAGGAACAGGUCAUCCGAAUCUUCUGGGAGCGCGUCUCCGAAGCAGGCAUAUCGACGCGUUGAAGGGCAAGGGGAACGUCCUGGACUUCUGGUGUCACGCGCAAGCGGUAUCCCGGGACACCCCGUGGCACAUUCGUCACAUUGAUGGACUUACGAUAUCCGUUCCCCCGUACAUGGUGCCUCCUAGUUCAGCCUCAGGGUCACAACCCUUGUCCCAGCUGCCGGGUGUGCAACCUGUCGUUCGAGAGUCCAGCAAUGACGAUGCCCUCAUGCGACCCCCCUUCUCUGUCCCUUCUCAAGGUCUUUCAUUAGAACCAAACUAUGCGCAACCGGAUUUCAAUGUCUCGGAAAUGGAGUCAGUCAUAACCCAAUUUCUGAGUGAAACUCAUAAUACUUCAUUCCCACCUGCAUCCUCCAUACCCGGUCCCCAAGAACAGGUCUCAAUCGCAGCUCUCUUUGAACAGUCAUGUGAGCAAGCAUCGGCGGGCGGCUUGCUGGAUCCGUCCUCGACCAAUGGGAUUCAAGCACCCCCAUUUGUCGAUUUCGUCUCAUAUGAACAUGCUGAAGCACUGGCGCAGUCCGUAUUGCAAGAAUGGCAAUCAUUGGUGGAGCAAUCAUACGUGCAGCCGCCUGUAGACUCGCAAUCCAACGCAGGCCCGCAGUUUUACGUCGACCCCCAGCUCUACAUCGACCCAUCUGCAUCCGAGGUCCCGCAUGGGCAGGGUCCACGGACAGACGAAGGCACGCAACACACGCAACAGCAUGAUGCGCUCGGGUUGACCGGAAUGAAUCGCCCCGCAGGUCGCACUCCCGCUCCCGACACGUUUUUCUUGCGUGGGGCACUUUCCACGUUAAGCCUACGCGGGAUCCUGGACCCCCUGGCCACUAGACAAUCCGCGGGCGUGCUAUUGCAGAAUGGGCUUCAGGAAAUGCCUCAUAUCCGUGUUCCCCGCGCGAUACCUCCUGCACAGGUUACGAAAGAUAUUAUCUGGAGGCUUCAAACCUGUGCCGCCCUGAUCGGCACGUCAACUACGUGGCUUCAUGAUGUGCACACAAGUCUUGGAACCCCUCAUCGCCGCGCUGAGCAGCAGGGAUCUUCGGAGAGGCCAGAAACACAGUCCCGCUCAACCUCAUCCUCGGCCGCCGCAUCAUCUCGGGUUGCUUCACCUUCGGCGUCCCCCUCCCACUCACCAAACGAAUCUGCUGGCUGGUCUUCGGCGCUCACCCCUCUGCCUCCCGCUCCUUCGGAACUGUGGCCUCCUCCACGAAGCGAGUGGUCCAAAUAUGUGAAACCGGUGCCCAUGAUAUGCGGCUGGCUCGGCUGCACGGUCCAGUGCACGAACGCCGCGGACGCAAAGCGCCAUAUCGGCGAACACAUCCGGACGGAAUGCGACCCUAAGCUGCUCCGAUGCCCCCACGGCUGCAAACCCUACAGUGGCUUCGCGGAGAUCACGAAUUUGGUAAAACAUAUGGUGACCCAGCAUAUGGAUCCACAGGCGAAGUGCAUAACCUGCGGGUGUUGCUGCACGACGGAGAGGAUCGUCAUCAACCAUUGGGGCCGGUGCCACGCUGCGUGAACGAGUUAUCGCUGCUGGGGUUAGUUGUUCCCCUCCAAGGACGCAUUUCCGUUCAUCAUAUCGACCCAUUUAUUAAUCAUCCAGUAACGCGGACUUCCAUGACCACUAAUCCCGCAUCACGAUUGCCCGUGAUCGCACCCUGUUGCAAGUAUAUCUACUGUACAAGACUGUCUUUCCAACCGAAAACAAUAAUGUAUCUACACCGAAAUGACGCAAUGAUAAAUCCG